AUGUUGACUAUUUUCGGGCAGUUCAAGAAGGCUUCAACUAGGAAUCUUGAGACCAUGGUGUACAGGACAUUAAGAGCUGGCCUAAAGAACUCCUAUCAAACAAAUCUCGUACGCAACUUUCGAUCCAGACACGAAGUACGGAUGCAACACUUAUUAUGA